UGUAAAAAAUAAUAUUCUUCUAUGUUUAGAACAAUUACGAAAAGAUGUAUCUCGAACAUAUUCAAAUGAAUUAGAAGAAAAAGAACGAGCACAUAGCAAAGAAUUAGCUGCUAUUCGUCUACAAUUAGAUCGUGCUCUUGAAUUAACUAAAAUAAAAGAACGUGAAGCUGAUUUACGUAUUGAAGAUCUUACUAGUGAUCUUAAUAUAAAACAAUCACGGAUUGAUAAUUGUCUACGAGAUUUAAAUGAACUUCAAGAACAAAUUGAACAAUUCCGUCAUGAUAUUGAUAUGCGUAGUAAAGAAUUGCAACGUGUUCGAAAUGAAACACAAAAAGAGAUGAAACAUCGUGAAGAAAAAUUACGUAAUGAAAAUGAAGAAAAAAUUCGUGAUCUUGUACGAACACAUGAUAAUGAACAAAAACAAUUAUUAGAUGAAUUUUCUAAAGCACAUGAAUUACUUAAAUUACGUAUCUCUGAACUUCAAUCAAAACUUGAUGAAGCUGAUGAACGAUAUCGUAAUCGUGAAUCAAGAUCAGAAGAUUUAGAAUUAAUGACUACACUUCAACAAACAAUUUGUUCUUAUCAAGAACAAUUAAAAAAGAUUCAUGAUGAAAAGAAAUAUCUUAAAAUGGAAUUAAUCAAUCGUGAAACAAACUUUAAUAAAGUUUUUACUAAUGCUCCAAAUUCCAGUGUCGGUGUUAUAAAUCCUUUAGCGUAUAAUACGAAAUUUGUAAGUUUUUUAUUUCAUAUUUUUUUGUAUAAUCAUGAAAAAAUUAUUUGA